AGAUUCAUCAUUCUACUUUCUAGUGAACUGUGAAGUUUAUUUUCGAAUUUCGAUUGAAAAAAUUUAUAGUUAACAAUGUUUCGUAUAGUAAUAAAAAAUAUUAUCCCUGCAAUAAAUAGAAAAUCUCAACAAGAAAGCACGGUUAGACUGUUUUCGGGAAAAAGAUUUUUAUCAAAUUCAGUGGAAAAUGAUAAAUUUUCACUUAAACACGACGAAAUCGGCCGACCGCUUUAUUUUGAUGCUCAAGCUACAACGCCAAUUGACCCCAGAGUUUUAGAUGCUAUGUUACCGUAUCUAGUAACCUACCACGGUAAUCCUCAUUCAAGAACUCAUGCUUAUGGAUGGGAGAGUGAAGCUGCUGUUGAGAAAGCAAGAGAGCAAGUAGCUAAUUUAAUUCGGGCCGAUCCUAAGGAAAUAAUAUUCACAUCAGGAGCUACAGAGUCCAACAAUAUUUCUAUAAAAGGAGUUGCACGGUUUUAUGCACCACGAAAAAAGCAUAUUGUUACAACACAGAUUGAACACAAAUGUGUGUUAGAUUCUUGCAGAGUUCUAGAAGGGGAGGGUUUUAAAGUUACUUAUUUGCCUGUUGGAACAAACGGUAUAAUUAAAUUAGAAGAUUUAGAAGCUGCAUUAACACCUGAAACUAGUUUGGUAUCAAUUAUGACAGUAAAUAAUGAGAUUGGUGUGAAACAGCCUAUUGCAGACAUUGGAGCUAUGUGUAAGAAACAUAAAAUAUUCUUUCACACUGACUCAGCUCAGGCCAUUGGUAAAAUCAAACUGGAUGUGAAUGACAUGAACAUUGAUUUAAUGUCUAUAUCUGGUCAUAAAGUUUAUGGGCCAAAGGGAGUUGGAGCUUUAUACAUUAGGCGUAGGCCCAGAGUCCGAGUCGAACCUUUACAGAGUGGUGGUGGUCAAGAAAGAGGUAUUAGAAGUGGUACAGUGCCUACUCCGUUAGUAGUUGGUUUAGGCUCAGCAUGUGAAAUAUCAGAAAGAGAAAUGUCAUACGACCAUGCAAGGAUGGAAAAAUUAGCAAAGAGGUUUUUGGACAAAAUAAACUCAAAGUUGACACAUGUAAUCCGAAAUGGAGAUGAAAAACAUUCUUAUCCUGGCUGUAUUAAUUUAUCAUUCGCUUAUGUUGAAGGUGAAUCUUUAUUAAUGGCUUUAAAAGAUAUUGCUUUAUCAAGUGGUUCAGCAUGUACAUCAGCAUCUCUGGAACCAUCAUAUGUAUUAAGAGCUAUUGGAACAGAUGAGGACCUAGCACACAGUUCAAUAAGGUUUGGCUUAGGAAGAUUUACUACUAUGGAUGAAGUAGAUUAUACAGCAGAUAAAACAAUACGGAAUGUUGAACGUCUCAGAGAAAUGAGUCCCCUUUGGGAAAUGGUUCAAGAAGGAGUGGAUAUCAAAAAUAUACAAUGGUCUCAGCACUAAAUGAAAGCAACUAUGAUCAUUAAUAUUACAAUGUUAGUCUCAAUCUUUAUAGAUUAAAAGUCUAAGAUUUUAAUAUUAGGGCCUAAAAUGUGAUAACUUAAUUUGUAGAUGAUUACGUAAUAUAAAAAUAUUCCGUAAGUAUAGGAUUUGAGUUGUAAAACUGUUAAAUAUAUAUAGUGGAUAUACAUAAGAUGUAAAUUAUUCACAAUAACAGGUUCCAUUUCUCAGAAGAAAUAUUUCAAUAUUACAUGAGAGCCAUUUAUAUAUAUGUAUAUAGCCUAUGGCUAUUAAAAGCACACCAUUCUGUAAAAUAAUGCCCAACAGCUAAUUUAAUGAAAUAAAAACUGUUUUAUUCAGCUAUAAAAUAAAUUUUGAAACUAAAUAUUGUUAUAAAUUAUUUUCAUGAAAAUUGUAUUUGGCUAUUUAAUUUUAGUUCUAAAGAUCUGAUUAAAAUUAUUGUUAGUUGAUGUUAACUUAUUUAAAAUUUAUUACAGUUCUAUUUCUAUAUCCAAUUUACACAACAUUAUUCUUUUAUUUGUAAUUUGAAUACACAACAUAAUGUUACUUUGUUUUGAAUUCUUAUAAAAUGUAUUUAUUUAGCUGUUAUUACAAGAAAUAUUAAAAUACUAUUUUAAGUAAAAAUAAAAGUUUUUUGAAACAUUG